UGAGGAGAGAGUAUGCCUCGCAAUGCUCAUCCUGGUAGAGAGCAUAUUAUUGCGGAAGAGCAAAGGAGGGAGUUUUCCUUUGGAAUAUGCGAAAAAUGCACAGGAUAUGACAUAUCCAUGGGGAAAAGAGGCUUACAUUGUGCUCCUGAAGUCAAUUCAAAACGCUGUCGCGAAUCAUUUGGAGAAUAAAUCCAAAUUUGAGUUGCAAGGUUAUCCUCUAGUAUUCCUUCUUUGGAUACUAGAGUCGAUUCCUUUGCUAAGGAAUAAGUUCAGUAAGUGUGUACCAACAGUUGAGGUUCCUGGGCCGACUUACUUGUGUGAAAAAUACACUGAGGUAGAGAAUCCAUCACUUGAUAGGGUUUUACAGGUUGAAGCUGAUACAAAGCUGAAGGUCCAUUGCAUACUACCUUCUAUUCCUCAUGAUCCAGAAGAUGAUAUCUCCAUUGAAGACAAAUAUAGUGACGAGCUGGAAACAGUGAAAGAUGUAACAAAGAAAGGGUACAAGAUUACAGCCGAUGACUGGGAAAAUAGGUGUGUAGACACAUUUGACACAUUGGAUGCUCUUAUUCAAAUGAUGGCAAAUAAGGAGACUGGCCAAGCUUCUACUCUCGAUUGA